CUUGAGAACAAGUCAGCCAAUGAACUUGUCAAGUGAACAACCAUAUUCAAAAUUCAAAGCAGUGGGUCUCUUUGCUGACUUAAACCAUGAAAUCACAGAAGCAGAAACAACCACUCUGGAACGAACAAGCACCAAUGGCUACGUUUCCUCAAUCCAAACUUUUCCUGCUUUCCCUCUUCAUCCUUCUUCCAGCUCAAAUCUCUUCUGCAGAUGAUGUCGCCGUCUACUGGGGUCAAAAUGGUAAUGAGGGGAACCUGACUGCAAAAUGCGCCACCGGUGUAUAUUCCUAUGUGAACAUAGGCUUUCUGAACAGAUUUGGCAAUGGUCAAAUCCCACAACUCAACCUUGCAGGCCAUUGCAACCCAGCAGGUGGUGGUUGCAAAGCCAUUAGCAACAGCAUAAGAGAGUGCCAAAGACAAGGCAUUAAGGUGAUGCUGUCUAUAGGAGGUGGCCUUGGAAACUACUCUAUAGCUUCAACAGCCGAUGCGAAAAAUGUUUCUGAUUAUUAAUGGAAUAACUUCUUGGGUGGACAGUCAUCUUCGCGCCCCUUAGGCAACGCUGUUUUGGAUGGUAUUGACUUUGACAUCAAACUUGGCUUUCGGCAACACUGGGAUGAUCUUGCAGGAUACCUGAAGGCAUAUAACAGUUCAUGAAGAAAGGUCUACUUAACAGCAGCACCACAAUGUCCAUUCCCUGAUUCACUUCUAGGGACUGCGCUCAACACAAGCCUUUUUGACUAUGUUUGGAUUCAGUUCUUUAACAAUCCUUCUUGCCAGUAUAGCACUGGCAACACCCAGAAUCUUGAGAAAACUUGGAGGCAGUGGACUUCAUCAUUGAUAAAUUCAACGAUCUUCUUAGGCUUACCAGCAGCACCCGAGGCAGUCGUAA